AUGGUUUUCAACUCUUCUGGUAAUGUCAAUAAAAUUAAGGUUGGUCUGUUAAACAUUAGAUCUUUGGGUCCAAAUGUUGAUGAUGUACAUGGGCUGCUCAAUGAUAGCUUGGAUGUUUUGAUGCUUACAGAAACUUGGCAUAAAUCAUCUGAUAAUAUUUGUCUUAGCUUGGCAAAACCACGUGAUUUUAGUUUUUUGGAACAAGUUAGGCUAAAUGAUCCUGGGCAUGGUGGUUUGGUAACUAUUGUAGUUGCAAGUGACUUCCACAUACACGUAGAAACUUCGUCAGAUAUAUAUGCAACAGUUCUUGCUGAUAUUUUCUCUAGUUUUGAUCUUGUCAAUAGAAUUAAUCAGUCUACCCAUGUGCUUGGUGGUACCCUGGAUUUGAUUGUCACAUCGGAUGGAAAAGAGACUAGUGUUGAAAAGGAAGUUGGUUCAAUGCAUAGCGCCGAUGAUUUUAAAAAAUUUUUUGCUGACAAGUUGAAAGUGACCGAAAAGUCAACUGAAUUCGGCUAUGCUACAAAAGUAAAUGUAGCCUUGGGAAAAAACACUUCCUCUUCCAGCACUUAUGACGGACAGUCGUGUUGGUUCUAUUCAUCAAAAGCUGUGGACGGUGACUAUGGGAAUGAAGUUCUAUCCUGCAAGUGUUUCCACUCUGCAGACCUCGCUAAACAACCAAACUGGAUGUGUGUCGACAUGGCCAGCACGUACACUGUGGAUUAUGCAAGACUGUUGAGUCGAAAUGCCGAACCUCAAAGAAUGGAUUACUUCAUUGUUGGGGUGGCGAGUGACAAUCCAUCUUCCAAGCCACCAGUCAGAGGCGCAUAUUUGUUUUGCGGACAGUACCCGGGUAGAGCGCAAGUCUCCAUGUGGCACAUUCUGAAAUGCAAUCCCUUUUUACCCAAACAACAGUACUUGAUCGUUCAACAACCUGUCAGUGGGCCUGGAUAUUUGACCGUUUGUGAGUUGGAAGUUUAUCCUGCUGAUGUUGUUUCAGGCUCAGAUGUGUCGCAGACAAUUUGGACGAAGCAGUACAUGGAUGAGCCGACGAAGACAUACAACGUCAUGUUGCUCGGCAACGUGUCGCACGAGACGAGGAGACGCAGCUUAUUGGACUGUGUGGUUCUGUGCAGUGUUGAAGCGUCGAGGCAAUGUGACUCGUUGAACUACUGCAAGUCAUCGGGUCUCUGCCAGUUGAACUCUCACAAGUAUGGCUACCAAAGAAGCUCCAUUCAAAUUGUCAACGAUGAUACAUGUCGCUGGUUGUUACCAAGUUACCCGUAA